AUGCUCUACUACAAGAAAGGUGACUGGCACAUCGAGGAGGACCUAAACGUGGACUACGAGAUGCUGCUCAGAGGAUUACGAGCCUGUGCUGAACGUGCCUCGAAGCCCCGCACGACAAACUUGGAUCGAAUUUCGAAGACCACCAAGGAAUUGUUGGAAAGAAGAAGGGCUUUGAGGCUUGAUCCGAAUGCAUCGCACAUUGAGCGGGAUCUCCGCGAAUAUAAUAUUCCGCUAGCAGCCUUGCUGAGCGAAGACGGGAUUCGCAUGCCUUCUCGUCGUGAGAUGGAAAUCAUUACGGAGAACUUCUACUCGAACCUUUUCCGUUCAUCAACUCCUGUGUCAAGCCCAACCAUCCCCACUGGCGAAGCUCCACCACGGAUUCCCCCUUCGGAAGUGCGAGUCGCUAUCAAGGGCAUGAAACCUGGCACAACCCCCGGACCUGAUUUUAUAUCAGCAGACUUUCUUCGGGCUGGUGGCCAUCCGCUUCAUGUAAUCUUAGCAGCGCACAUGACAUCCUACCUUCAGAAAGAAAGGAUCUCAGACCAGUGGAAGACCUCGCGAACCGUUCUCAUCCAUAAGAAAGGACCCAUCCAGCCAGUAUCCAUACUUUCCUUAUCUUAUGAAGAUGAUCAAAUGGUCCACAAUGGAGAAAAGAGAGAAGAGAGAAGAAAAGAAAAGAAAGAAAAGUGGUGUCAACCAGCAUGGACUUCUCGAAGCUACAAAACGUAUCAGACUCCACGCGAAUGCUUUGCAGGAGAUGAAAAGCAGAAAGAGAGACGUACAGUGGUUGAGCGACCGGUCAUCCAUCCACGAACAAAAGUUUCUUGA